GUUGACAGUGGAGAGUGGAAACAAGCCAAGUGUAUAGGCCACUUCUCCUUUGCUUUUCAUUAUCUCAGAGGAAUGAGCGUGUGCUUCUUUGAAAACUGAGCCGGUGGUAUCCAUGUAUCUGUGUGUAUGUGAAUGGAAAUCCAGCAGGGUGCAAAAUCUGAAGAGUUCUUUUUUUUCUAAGAUUCUCUUGGCUUUCAUCAUAUUGCAGAAUGGCUGAGAGCAUUUUCGGAAAUGGAAUGGAUCAAUGGAUUUGUCCAAAUGAUCGCCAGCUUGCUCUUCGGGCCAAGCUGCAAACGGGCUGGUCAGUGCAUACCUUUCAGACUGAAAAACAAAGGAAGAGCCAGAGUCUUAAUUCUGACGAGCUGGACAUGAUUGUGACAGUAAUCCAAAGAGCUGAGCAUCUGGAACAGGUUGAGCAGCAGAGAAUUGGGAGGCUGGUUGAGCGCUUAGAGAAUAUGCGCAAGAACAUGAUGGGUAAUGGACAGACCCAGUGCCUGCUGUGUGGAGAGGUGUUCGGUCUAUUUGGCACAUCAGCUGCAUUCUGUCAAGGUUGCAGAAAGAAAGUGUGUACAAAAUGUGGAAUCGAAACUCUGAACAGUCAGAAAAGGCAACAGUGGAUGUGCAAGAUCUGCAGUGAACAACGAGAGGUUUGGAAGCGCUCAGGUGCAUGGUUUUACAAGGCCCUUCCCAAAUACAUUCUUCCACCCUGUGAUAACAGUCGAGCUGGAGGCAAGGGAUUUCGACUCAUGAAGGGAGAUGGACAGCAGGCAGGUCCAACUGGACAAACUGGCCAAGUCUACAGCUGGACUAAAACCAAAGUGGUGUACAGCGAUAGCGACAGUGACUCAGAGAAGAGCUCUUCCAGUCUUGAGGAGAGGAGCUCUGUGGGCCCCCAGGCAGUCCUGGGAGGGGACCCUCCAGAGGAGCCAGGUGAGCCACUCAGACGGCGAGCUGCUGUGAAGGGCCGUGGCCGCAGCAGGGAGCCCUUCAAUGAUGGCACCCUGUCAACACUGACGACUUGGUUACAGUAACUCUCCUCUUCUUGAAAAAGCGGAGGAGUCCCUGCAGAGAUCUUCUUUAUCCAGCUAUGGACUACAAUGCAACACAAAUGACAACAAUGAUGAUGGCAUAUGAAUGAAAGAACCCAGAAUCCAAACUACUCAUGAUGUUGCUGAAUACAAAUGCCAGAUAACUCCUGCACAGAAUGGCCUUUAUGUUUGGGAACCAGAUCCUGGUGCCUUUUAAAAAUAAUUAUUGAGAUUCAAUGCUACCUGGUAUUGUGCUUGUGCUUCUGCCAAGUAAAUGAGUGGUCAGCUUACACACUUGAAGAUAGCUUCUCACAAUGUUGUUUUUUUUCCAGCUACAGUAUGCCUAAAACAUAACAAUUAGACAUUUAGGAACUUAGUACAAAAUGUAUAGGUGUAUUAGUCCAGCAUUUUUAGGAGGCAAGCCUGGAAACACUACAGUCCACCAAGACCCCACUACUUUACUUAUUUUGAUCUUUGGCUUGUGUAAGAUAAGUUCAUAGUAAAUAAAGAUGACAAAGGGUCACUGGGUGCUUAA